CGUAUUUACAUUUCGCGAGAUUUCCCCACUCCUCGCGAGACUUGGCGUGACCCCCCGUUUGCAAGACGCGCGUUUCCCCCGCAGAGGAGCGCGUCGCUCGCUCGCUCGUGUUUGACGCUCGUCGGUCGGUUGGCGCGGAGCGACGAUGUGGAUCCAGAUCCGCACGAUCGACGGCAAAGAGACGCGGACGGUGGAGGAUCUGUCGCGCCUCACGAAGAUCGAGUCUCUGCGCGUCAAGAUCCGCGACAUCUUCCAGGUGAAGCCGGAGCAGCAGAGGCUCUUCUACCGCGGGAAGCAGAUGGAAGAUGGUCAGACGCUCUUUGAUUAUAACGUCGGUCUUAACGACAUCGUUCAGCUUCUCAUUCGCUCGCAGACGGAUGCGCCAGACAGCCCCUCCCCCAACAGCGAUGAGGGCGUGGCCUGUGCCGUAGCCCCGCCCACCACAUCAUCUGCCCCCGCCUCAGCCACACCCACCACAACAGUCGUUUCCCCGGCAACCGUCGCCAACAGCAACGGAAACGGGUCCAAACCCUGCAGCCCGGAGCCGGAGAGCCAGCCGUCCACAUCCAGCCGGACGCUGCUCCUCGAUCCCGGGAUCGGACUCUUCAGAGUGAAUGAGUUAGUGGACUGCAGGGACGUCAGCAUCGGCGCCUGGUUCGAAGGCGUGAUUGAGAAGGUCUCUCCUGCAUCUAAAGGACAGAACGGCAGAGUCGGCCGACCCAGCAAACGCACUAACAACAAGCUGGAGUCUGAGCCUUCAUCCUCAUCAUCCUCAUCAUCCAGGGACACUCACAGCACAGCGCUACACUCGGACCAACCAUCCACGUCCCAAACGGAUCCGCCGCACGUCUCCUACCACAUUAAAUAUGAAGAUUAUCCAGAGAACGGCGUGGUGGAGAUGAGCGCGGGUGACGUUCGUCCGAGGGCCAGGACUCUGCUGCGCUUCGACCAGCUGCAGGUGGGUGACCUGGUGAUGGUUAACUAUAACCUGGAGAAUCCCGAGGAGCGAGGCUUCUGGUACGACGCCGAGAUCUCGACCCUCAACGCUGUCUCGCGCACCAACAAAGAGAUCCGCGUCAAGAUUCUGCUGGGAGGUCUGGGUGAUGUGAUUGGUGACUGUAAACUGCAGUUUUUGGAUGAGAUUUACAGGAUAGAGAAACCUGGAGCACCGGCGCUGUCUGCAGCAGAUGGCCCCUUCAAACGUAAGUCGGGUCCGGAGUGUAAGCACUGUAAAGCGGAUCCGGAUGCUGAGUGUCGUUUCUGCUCGUGUUGUGUGUGUGGAGGGAAGCAGGACGCUCACAUGCAGCUGCUGUGUGACGAGUGUAACAUGGCCUUCCACAUCUACUGCUUGACCCCGCCGCUGACCUCCAUCCCCGAGGACGAGGACUGGUACUGUCCCACCUGUAAGAACGACAGCAGCGAGGUGGUCAAAGCUGGAGAGAAACUCAGAACCAGCAAGAAGAAAUCUAAGAUGCCGUCAGCGACUACAGAGAGCCAGAGAGACUGGGGCAAGGGUAUGGCGUGUGUGGGCCGCACUAAAGAGUGCACAAUCGUCCCCUCCAAUCACUACGGCCCCGUUCCCGGCGUUCCCGUCGGAACUACGUGGAAGUUCCGCGUUCAGGUGAGCGAGGCGGGCGUCCACAGGCCUCACGUCGGUGGGAUUCACGGACGCAGUAACGACGGCUCGUACUCGCUGGUGCUCGCUGGAGGAUUUGAGGACGAAGUUGACCGGGGUGAUGAGUUCACCUACACCGGCAGCGGAGGUCGUGACCUCUCCGGAAACAAGCGUAUCGGCGAGCACUCGUUCGAUCAGACGCUCACACACAUGAACAGGGCUCUGGCGCUGAACUGUGACGCCCCUCUGAACGACAAGGAUGGGGCGGAGUCUCGCAACUGGAGAGCGGGAAAACCGGUGAGAGUGAUUCGCAGCUCCAAGGGCCGACGGAUCAGCAAAUACGCACCGGAGGAGGGAAACCGCUACGAUGGCAUUUAUAAGGUGGUGAAGUACUGGCCGGAGAUCGGGAAGUGUGGGUUCCUGGUGUGGAGAUACCUGCUGCGACGCGACGACCUGGAGCCAGCGCCCUGGACUACAGAGGGGAUCGAGCGCAGCAAGAAACUCGGCCUCAAAGUCCAGUAUCCUCCUGGGUAUUUGGAGGCCAUGGCCAAUAAGACGAAGCGCGAGGCGACGGUGCGAUCGGUGGGCAGCUCGACGCGCGGCAGAAAGAGAGGACGACCCCGAGCCACACGACCGUCCAAGAGAGUCCAGGAGGAAGAGGAGGAGAAACCAGCGGAGAACACGGAGGAAGAGCUGCAGAGCAACGGCAGCGCAGACGCUCACGAAGAAGAAGAGGAGAACACAGGCGUGUACGAGACGCAGAAGGAGGUGCAGGACGCUGUGCUCGCGCAGCCCAUCCACGAGUGCCGCGAGUCCAUCCUGGGCUACGACCAGCAGGACAACACUUACAUUCACUUCCCACACUUCUGCGGCGCUGACCUGCGGAUCUACAGCCAGAGUCCCUGCGGAGCCGCGGAGCUGCCGCUGCCACUGAUCCACAUCCAGAGAUCCCAGGAACCAGAGGAGGCAGAGCUCAGGGACCAGACAUAUGAAGUAAAGGUGGAGGAGGAAAGCUCCAGCAGGAACACAUGGGACGUGAAGGAAGAUUCACUCGCUGACGGAGAGGAUCUGGAUCAGAAAUGCUCCUCCGGCGUUCCCUCGUGGUGCAGAGAAGAUUCUCUGGACUCUGUGAGCGUCCGAGGACAGUUGACGGAGGACAGGCGGCUCGAAGACGAGGAGUCUGACUGCGAGCCUUGUUUCAGAGUCGGAGACAGCUGCUAUAAAGGCGUCUCGCCGGCUCUGAACAGUCACAGAAGUCCUAGAAACGAUGCGAAUCACUUGAGCGCCGAGGAACGAAGCCCCUGUCCGGAUUGUUCCAGAGCGUCGCAGGAAUCUCCACGUUUCUGGACCAGAAACACACGCCUGCGACGGGACGAAUCCGGACCGACACGAGCCCAGAAGAAGAAGAGGAAGAAGAAGAAAGAGAGGAAGGUUGGCGUGAAGAAAACGAAGACGAGCAAACUGAGCUUGAAGAACCGAACGGCCAGAAGCAGCCUGCAGAGAGCCGCCAAAAACAUCAAGAAGAAAGACAAGAGGAAGAGACACAAACUGGGAAAGAGGUUUGAUGGGAAGGCGAGGUUAGGAUCUGCUCUGCCGGCAGCUGAACCCACAUUUCAGUUGGUUUGCUCCAGUCUGGAUGAUCUCAGAGUCCUAAUCAGUAAAAUAGAAGAUCAACUAGAUGAACUGGACGGCAAAAAGAGAUCUGGACGAUGGCCCCAUAAAAGAGCCGCCGUGAAAGAGUUGCACAUCACACUUAUAAGGCUGCUUAAUGAGCUGUUACCAUGGGAACCCAAACUCGUCAAGGCCUUCCAGAGGAACAGAGCGCGCUUGAAAAAGGAGUGUGACGAAUUAAAAAAACACCCUGAAUAUGAGAACUUUAUCAGGGAGCAGAUGGAUACAGAAGGUACUGGGGAAGUUGCAUGCAAAGAUGAAUUGUUGUCCGCAGAGACAACAAACAAACUGGAAGAGAGUGAAGUCAAAAUGGGCAAAACUAUGAAGGAAGAUUCUGAGACAACAGAGAAUGUAAAUCACGAAUCAAGAUGCCUAGUUGACAGACCUGAUGUUGUCAUGUAUUCGUCAGAGUCUGGACCCUUUACACGCAGUUCAAAGCGGCACCAAACUGGUGCAAUCAGUGAGGAACUGAGUCCAUGCAAGAGAGGCAAAAUGGACCCAGAGAGCUCUUUGACAUCUGACUUUAAUGUGGAAGUUGCAUCCAGAGAAGCUUCACAAGCUUCAGUGUUGCCUGAGCCUUUAAGUAGCUUUCAGGGGACUUGCAAACCCAUCCAGGCUUUGCUGGCUAAGAGUGUUGGAAACAAAGUGACCUUAAUAAGUCAUCCGAAGGCUGCAAUGAUGGCUCAGGUUCUGCGGGAUCAUAACAAAACAGCAUCUGUAACUCUGCCACCUGUCCAAUUAUCAACUACCUGUGCAUCUACGCAACACUCUGAACCUGUCUCUACAGAGACAAUAACUACGACAUCUGCGACCGAAAGCAAUGGACAGGUGGUGUACAAGACGGCAGGAGGCGUGGGGCUUCUCAGGCAAGGAAGCACUUCUGUAAACUUUUCAGUGCAAUCAAUGUCAAAUCAAAAAUCAGGGGCGAAGGCGAUGCAGCAAGUUGUUAUCCUGCCUUCAAAUCUACUGAUUCAAAGCACUGGGAAUAAGGCAGCCCAGACCUCUGUAUCUAUCCCUAAGACUACAACGUACAUGUCCAAUGUUUCAGGGUUCACUAUACCGGAAAACAAGGUUCCUGUCCAGCCGGUGGCACCUUUGAAAGAUACCAGCACUGUAAGAACACCAUCUGCUCUAGUUACUCCCAGUUUAAGGAACAUAACGACUGUUGGUGUGCCUAAAAAGACUACUGAACCAAAGGUGGCCCUGAACAAAUCAGCCAGCAGUGGUCUGACCAAAUCUGAUGCUAAACAGGAGCUCAGGACAGUGUGUAUUAGAGACUCUCAGUCCAUCCUUGUCACUACUAGAGGAGGCAACACAGGAGUGGUGAAGGUUCAGAAAUCAGAAAGUGGAACGGGGGCUUUGCCACCCAGCCCAGUUUUUAACAUCUCGCCCCAACUUCAUGCCUUUCUGGUGUCAAAGUCUUCCACGUCUAAUACACAAGCUGUUUCGGCCACCAUUGCUGCUAAAUCUCUACCUGGAGUCACUCCUCCGUCUACUUUUGUGGCAGGAACUGUCACUCCUUUAACCUUAAAUCAGAUUUCCAAUAACGGCACUACAGGCAAAACAACAAUCCCUGGUAAAUCCGCACUCCUGGCUACAAGCAAAGGCAGUGAUAAUUUCCUAAUAAAUGCGAAAGAUUGCGCUCAGCAGAAUACGGUCUCUAAAUGUGGAACGAAGCCCCCACAAAAAAGGGCUCCACCAGGAAGCACAACUCCAGACCAAUCGACUUUCCAAAAGGUUUUUCUGGUCACACCUUCACCAAAUAUCCCUUCAAAGGUCACUACUACUACAGCAACCUGUACCGUUCCAGGAUCUCGGGUCAUGUUCAUAAGCAACUCAGCACUUACCAUUCCAAAAGAGACGUCAACUUCAGAAGUUAACAUUUCCUCUACUAGUACACCAGCAUUGAAAGUAGUUCCCAACUUGGGGAUCUUAUCCUGCACUUCUUCAGGUACAAGCAUCCAGAGCAUCGGUGUCCCAGGGUUAACAUCAAGAAUACUUGGCACAAACAAGAAACCUGAAGCCUCAAUGAAAACUACACCUGUGAUCGUCUCCAGAGUACCUGCAACAUCAACCACAAGUGGAAUACAGAUUGGUCCAAAAAGCUGUUUGGUUGCAAGCAGAAGUCUGUCAGGGAAUACCGAAAGUGCUUCGAAAGUACCUCGGACUGUUGACGGCAAAACGCUCACGUUUUCAACUCUAGGCACUGGCCACAUGGCUUCCUCUGCACUUUUGUCAGUUGUGAAACCAGAUGUACCUCCAUCAGUUUCAGCGUUAAAUGCUCUUCACUGUAAAACAGGGUUAUCGGCUGUCAGCUCUACUUCAAAUACAUCUUCCUCUUAUUCAGGAAACCUAAUUAACAAACACACUACGUUACCAAUUAAUGUGACUGCUAACAAGCCAGUGAUCACAUCCCUUUGCACUUCACACUCACUGAUCAAAACAACAGCCAAUACUUCCGCUUCUGCAGUAUCCAGUACUUUUGCAUUGAGUUGCAGCUCCACUUUAACUCCUCCGGUGGUCAUGUCCUCUGGGAUCCAACCUCUGACCUCUACCACCAAGAGUGUUCAGGAGAAAAUCGUGAUCAACACCACUGCCCCACUUGCCCCUGGAACUCAGCUCCUGAUCAAUAACACCAGAUUUGUUGUACCUUCUCAAGGCCUUGCACCUGGCAGCCAUGUUCUGCUUAUCUCCAACUCUUGUCCUGGAGGAAUGCAAGGGUUAAGUCCUGCUGGUCCUCAAAGAUUGCAAGCGCCAAGCCCUGCUGGUCCUCAGAGAUUGCAAGCGCCAAGCCCUGGUGGUCCUCAGAGAUUGCAAGCGCCAAGUGCUGCUGGUCCUCAAAGAUUGCAAGGGCCAAGUUCUGCUACUCCUGGAGGAUUGCAAGGGCCAAGACCUGCUGGUCCUCAAAGAUUGCAAGGGCCAAGUCCUUCUGGUCCUCAAAGAUUGCAAGGGUCAAAUCCAGCUAGUCCUAAAAGAUUGCAAGGGCCAAAUCCUACUGGUCGUCGAGGAUUGCAAGGGCCAAGUCUUGCCAGUCCUGGAGGAUUGCAAGUCCCAAGUCCUGCUUCCACUGUUUCUAGAGGUCCAAACACUUCAGUUACUCACACGGUUCCUUCAGUUGUACAAGGUGUGAGAUUGGUAACACCGGUCAGGCUACCCUUGGCAAAAGUUGGACCUUCUGAUCAACUCCGUCAGCAACUGAGCACCAGAACUCCAUUGAAUGUGUCUGGUCCUACUGCUCUCUCACAAGUAGCACAAGCUCUGCGUCCUGGUGUAUCUUCAGACAUUGUGAGACUUCCUAUCUUUCAAACCUCCAACGUUUCAAUUACAGCAUCACAAGGUACGACCGGGUGUCCCAAAGAAACCUCUCUUUCCCAAGGAGGUUUACUAAGCACAACUUCUCCAGUGCUCUUGCCAGGAAGACUAUCCCAAAACCAAGUGGCACCAGUCGUACCACCAGCAAAAGCUGUGAUUCCAAGGCAUUUGCCUAUGGUACCACACAUGAGCAGCACAAUAUCACGGAUGCAGAAACUUCCGGUUGCAAUGGUUCCACCAAUCGGUGGUGCAAACAAUGCCAAUCCAGACACUCUCAUUGCAACCGCUCCUCCAUCUAUGAGCACGGUCAUAAUGACACCUUGUCCACCUAUCAGAGCCGUGCAACCUGGGACAAUCGGAAAGCCUGUUAUUUUACCCCAGCUAUCGCAAGGUCAAAGCACGGUUCCUGUACAAGUUCCCACUCCUGCUAAACUGUUGUUGAGCCCAGAUGGUGCUGUCUUAAAUAUCAUUCAAGCCUCAGCCUCAAGCUUGCAAGUAUUGGCAAAGCCAAUGGCCGCUCAAUUGGUCAGUUCCUCCUUGAGUAGCGUUACUGUACCUAUUUUAAACACAAGUGAUCCACUGAGAAAACCAGAUACCUUGGGGAGACCCAAUCACUGAAAUGGUUCUGGAGGUUGUCUUGUUUUCCUGUUGUGAUCACAGAGGACAGUCUGUUUAGUGUUUUGGGCUUUGUUGAAAACAAGUGGGCUUCCUUUGGUUCCAUUUCCUCCCCGUGUUGAUAGGCUGAAUACUCAAUACCUAAAUUAAUAUUUUGUGCAUUUUGCUCUUUAUAAUACAUAUUGAGGGGAAAUCGGUUAUCCUUAGUUAAAAAAAAUGGUUUCGCAAAGAGAAAUUUGGAGAUUUCAAAUGGCCAGUAAUGUAUAUAACAGUGUUUGGCUGACUCUUUUCUACUCCAUUUGUAUGCAAAGGUUUGAAUGUUUUGUAGCAUUUUCCAUUAAAAUGAUUAAUAUUAUUCUGUAGAACAGUCUUCAGUCUAUUUAAGAGUAUGUCUGGCUGAUCUCAAGCCUGCGUUAGUGCAUUCAGGCAUAGGUUGAGUAUUAUCAGACAUCAUCUGAUAACAGUUUGAUUUUGUGUUUCAUCUAUAUUCAUGAAAAUAAACUUGGCAUAUUUAUGACUGAAGUAAAACA